GGCUCCGAUCAAUCGCACGACGACCAUCUACAGCUUCAUUGUUCAUUGCUGUCCUCCUCAUCUAGACUUGGAUUACGGACUUGUAUAAUGUCUAGCAUGUACUCUCAGCAAAGGAUCCACGGGCAGUCUAUCGCCGACCCCGAAAAAUUUUGGGGUAGCAUCGCAGAAACGAUUCACUGGCACAAGAAGCCAAAGUCAGUACUAGAUGUUGCUGCUGAUGGCUCAUGGACGUGGUUCAAGGAUGGAGAAUUCAACAUGGCCUAUGAAUUACUCGAGGCGAAUAUUGCGAAAGGACUUGGAGAGUCAGUUGCCAUCUACUGGGACAGUCCCGUCACAUCUCAAAAGCGGCGUAUUACCUAUAGCGAGCUGUUGAGGGAUGUCCAGCAGUUUGCAGGCGCAAUGUCAGCCCAAGGCGUUCGAAAAGGCGACGUCGUUAUGAUCUAUAUGCCCAUGGUGCCAGAAGCACUUGUUGCCAUGUGUGCAUGUGCUUACAUCGGUGCUGUCCACUCUGUUGUGUUUGGCGGAUUCGCCUCGUCAGAGCUUGCAAAGCGCAUAGACUCUGCUACACCAAAGCUCUUGCUAACGGCUUCUGCUGGUAUCGAAGAGAAGCGAGUGACGCCCUACUUGCCACUUGUUCAGAAGGGCAUCCAAUCAGCAAAGCACAAGCCGAAGGCCAUUGUCAUACUGCAACGAAAAGGCCAUGAAGCAAAGACGCCGUUGCCUGCAGAUGUGCUCGAGUGGGACGAGUUUGCGCAAAAUGCAAAGCCAGUCACUUCACCGACACCAACCAAGUCUCAAGACAUUCUAUACACUCUAUACACCAGUGGUACGACAGGUGCGCCAAAAGGCGUUUCUAGAUUCUCAGCCGGCUAUGCCGCCCAACUCAGAUACCAGAUUCAACACCUCAUGAAUAUGAAAGCAGGCUCCACUAUGGCUUGCUUGAGCGAUAUUGGGUGGGUUGUUGGUCACUCAUUCAUCUUCUACGCUCCACUCCUGAUUGGCGCAUCGACAGUUUUGUUCGAGGGAAAGCUGCCUAUGCGUGGCGGGGCAGAGGUAUGGCGUGUUUGCGAAGAGUACAACGUCGAUGUCCUAUUCUGCGCACCAACCGCUCUACGUGCGUUGCGUGCCGGCGACCCUGAGUCGAAGCAACUCAAGUCUCGCAAUUUGAAUUCGCUCAAAAGUCUCAUGCUUGCUGGCGAGCGGUCUGAACCGUCCAUUGUGAUUCACUACUCUGAUGUCCUAAAAGCGCAUGUCGGCAGUCAUUUUGAGUGUAUCGACAAUUACUGGUCCUCAGAGAGUGGGUCGCCCAUCACAGGUGUUCUGCAGAGUCUAAAGGAUAAGCCUGUACCAAAGCCUGGCUCUGCUGGUCCCCCCACUCCCGGCUUUGACUUGCAUAUUGUGGAUGACGAUGGCAAGGAAGUCCCACAAGGUACAUCAGGCAAUAUUGUGCUCAAAACUCCAUUGCCACCAAGUAUGCUUUCGGAGCUGUGGCGAGACAGUGAAGGCCGCUUCCAAAAGAGUUACAUGAAGCGCUUUGGUGGCAAAUGGUUUGACACGGGCGAUGCUGGCUUGAUUGAUGAAGAUGGCUUUGUGCACAUCAUGGCACGUUCAGACGACAUCAUCAAUGUCGCUGCUCAUCGUCUCAGUACCGGUGCAUUUGAAGCUGUCAUCACCUCUAUUCCAGGAGUGAAUGAGUGUUGCGUCGUCGGCAUGCCAGAUUCACUCAAAGGUCAUGUUCCUCUCGCCUUUGUCGUGGCAGCCAAGGGUAAAGCACCUUCAUUUGAACAGGUCAAUAAGCUUGUUCGCGAGGAAAUUGGCAAUAUUGCGAGUCUUGGCGGUAUGGUUGUCCUUGAUACCCCGCUGCCAAAGACAAGAUCUGGGAAGACGCUGCGGCGAGUUGUGCGUGCAUAUGUCGAGAAUGCCGCUGAAGGCCAGCCCAACAAAGUGGUGGACGUCCCUGCGACCAUCGAAGACGCUAGUGUGCUGGAUAACGUCAAGACACAAGUGCAGCGGUUCAUGGAGACAAGAGCGAAGAGUAAGGCAAAGCUCUAGAUGUGCUCUUCAAUCUACAUUUGUAUAUGCG